AUGGACGACCGCCAACUACCCCCCAAUUUCUCGACCGCUACAGUGGAGCCACCUCGCGCAUUCCCACCCUCGAAACCAAAACCCCGAUCACGACCUCCGCAGUCCCAGGCCGAGACGCCACGACCACACUCCACCGAUAUGACCCACGUGGCUGGGGGAGCAGCCAUAGUCCUACUAUUGAUAGUCAUCGUGGUCCCCGUUGAAGUCGUGAAAAACAGAUACCCAAAAUACACACCCCUCGAUUACACCCUGACCGACACAUACGAGGGAACCGCCUUCUUCGACCACUUCACCUACUUCACCGAACAAGAUCCAACAUCGGGCUUCGUAAUCUACGUCAACGAAGAAGCAGCCACGGACUUAAACCUCACCCACGCUACAGAGACAUCAGCCAUCCUACGCGUCGACGCCUCGACACCAAACGCCAUCGCAGGCCGGAACUCUGUGCGUAUCGAAUCGAUAAAUAAAUACGACAACGGCCUCUUCAUCUUCGAUAUCCUCCACACACCGUUCGGCUGCGCGACAUGGCCAGCAUUAUGGUUAACAGAUGGAUAUAACUGGCCCUCGAAUGGCGAGAUUGAUGUCCUGGAAACAACAAACGAAGGAGCCCACGGCAAUGAAGUCACCCUACAUACAACAAAAGGUUGUACAAUGAAAGACGUCAAACGCAAACAAACCGGCCAAGCCUCCUUCGAAAACUGCGAUGGUAGCGUCGGCGGGAAUACAGGCUGUGGCGUUAUUGGUUCGGAAGAUACAUACGGCGACGCAAUGAACAAGGCUGGCGGCGGCGUUUACGCCCUUGAGCUGCGCGAGGCGGGUAUCCGUGCUUGGUUCUUCCGACGGGAUUCGAUACCCGCUGAUAUCACCGCUUCGAAGCCUGAUCCUUCCACUUGGGGGACUGCUUUGGCGGAUUUCCCUGGUACGGAGUGUGAUAUUGCUUCGCACUUCAGGAAUCAGAGUAUUAUUGCUAAUAUUGAUCUUUGUGGGGAGCUUGCUGGUCAGCCGCAGUUUUAUGAUAAUAUGUAUCAUUGUCCUGCGACUUGUACUGAGUUUGUGAAGAGUAGUCCGGAGAGUUUUGUUGAUGCGUUUUGGGAGUUUAAGAGUUUCAAGGUUUAUCAUGCUGUUUGA